AUGAGGGUUCACCAUUUGCAUGUGGCCUACCUGGACAAAGCGGCCUCGGCCUCUUCGUCUCCAACAGCUCCAUCCACCUCCCCUCCCUGCCCUUCCUCGACAUUGCUCCCUUUCGCCUUCCGAUGCCUCCGCCCGCUUGCGCCCAAGAUCUCGCUCCCGGAUCAGCCGAAGACGAUGAUCGCCCCGCCGACAGCCGACGUCUUCGGCCGGGUCAGAAAUGCCACCAAGCUGCUCAGCUGCACCGUCAGAAAUCAUACCGUGCAAGUGCCGGUGGGUGGGACGACGAGGUGGAACCCGUCGGCGGAGCAGAUCAAGGUGCUGGAGGCGCUGUACCGCGGCGGGAUGCGCACGCCGAACGCGGCCCAGAUCGAGCGCAUCACGGAGGAGCUCGGGAAGCACGGCCGGAUCGAGGGGAAGAACGUCUUCUACUGGUUCCAGAACCACAAGGCCAGGGAACGCCAGAAGCAGAAGCGCGCCGCACUCCUCACCCUCAGCACCCUCGACUCCCCCUCCCUGCCGGAAAUCACGACUAAGGUAACCAAGGAAGCAUGUGACGACAUGACGAGCUGCAAGCGGCGGCGCACCUCGUGGGGUGACGUGCAAGGUGAUGCGGCGACGACAGAGGUGGCCGUCCACCGCACCGACGAUGAUGUCACCCUGGAGUUAUUCCCGUUGCGUCCGCAAGGGAAAGCUUAA